AUGCCUUUACCCGACGAAAGCUCGACAAGCCUCACCCACUCUAUCGCUGUACCUACAGAGCAAAAACCGGAUCAAGACCCUGAAAGUCAAUUCGUCCAAAAUGUGGAGCGUCAGCCUGAGGAUUUCUCUGUAUUCACCAUGACCGAAAAAAGGGCAAUGGUCGCAGUUGGCUCUCUUGCCGCCUUCUUCUCGCCCUUAUCGUCCAGUAUCUAUUUCCCAGCACUAGAUACGAUAGCGACAGCUUUGGAUGUGUCCACCUCAAAGAUCAAUAUCACCGUUACAACCUACAUGGUAAGGGAACAAUUUGUGUUGUUAAAACAAGGUUUCAUGGCUAACAUAUUUCUUCCUUUUGCUAAUCAGAUCUUACAAGGGGCUGCACCGAUGUUUAUCGCAGGCUUCUCCGACACUGCAGGAAGGCGGCCGGCCUACAUGCUCUGCUUCAUAAUUUAUUUCAUGGCCAACCUUGGACUCGGCCUACAAAACAGCUACGCCGCCUUACUCGUUCUCCGAAUGCUACAAAGUGCCGGUAGCAGUGGUACGGUCGCACUUGCUAAUGGCUUGGUGGCAGAUAUGGUCACUUCUUCAGAGCGAGGCAGUUACAUUGCAUAUGCUACCAUCGGAGGUAUGCUAGGCCCUUCUCUGUCUCCCGUCAUUGGUGGACUUAUCAGCCAGUACCUGAACUGGCAUUGGAUUUUCUGGUUUCUCCUAAUCCUCGGUGGCGUAUUCUUCAUCUUUCUUGCGCUAUUCCUCCCAGAAACGUGCCAGAAAGUCGUUGGAGACGGAUCAGUCCCACCACCUAUCCUGAAUAUGUCUUUGACGGAUCUUAUAAGACAAAGACGGCGAGUUAAAAAGGGUAUCAGCCCUGAUCCUCAGAAAGUUGCCGAGGUGCGGAAAGAUUAUCGCUUGACCAUCCCUUCACCUUGGCCGACCCUGAAAGUUUGUUACGACCUAGAAACAAUGCUGAUCCUGCUGACCACUGGGUUGAUGUUUGCCUGUUUCUACGCAGUCAUGACUGGAGCAACUACGUCCUUCCAUGAGGUAUAUCAUUUCAACAACAUUCAAACCGGCUUAAUGUACCUCCCCAUUGGUGCCGGUGGAAUAGCGUCUGCCUUUUCGACAGGCGCCAUCGUUGACUGGAACUAUCGUCGCCAUGCUAAGAAAGCUGGAAUCCCAGUGCUGAAAAAUGUUCGACAAGAUCUUCGCAACUUCAACAUUGAGAGAGUCCGACUAGAAGUUGCCCUGCCAAUGUACUACAUAAGUCUUGUAACAGUCAUUGCAUACGGAUGGGUGCUAGGUCGGAAAGUCAACUUGGCAGCCCCUGUAAUUCUUCUAUUCAUUUGCGGAUGGGCUCUGAUGGGUACCUCACAGGUGCUUUCUGCAUUGAUGGUUGACAUCUGGCCGGGGAAGUCAGCAUCUGCCACUGCAGCGAAUAACUUGUUUCGCUGUGAGCUAGGUGCCGCUGCAUCUGCUGCAGUCAGUCCAAUGACUGAAGCCAUGGGCUCGGGAUGGGCGUACACGACGCUAGCGUUGAUUGCGCUUGCAGCUUCUCCUUGCUUCUGGAUUAUGAUGAAACAAGGAAUAAAAUGGCGACAGAAGAGACUGGGGAAGAAAGAAGAAUCAGAAGCGAAGAAAUCUGCAAUGGAGGGAAAGGCCUAG